CGUACUAGUUCUCCAUCUACUACUACUACUACUACUACUACUACUACUACUACUACUACUACUACUACUAUUACUGUUGCUAUUGUUACUAUUGCGAAGGCUAAGAAAAGAACCAUCGUAUUAUCUCUCGGUGUUGCGUGUGUUUCUCCGAGCUGGUGUUGUGUUUAAGUAGGUAAAGGGUGCACUUAGCAGGGCUCGAACCCUCAUCAUCCUCCAGCCUGGCCAGUUAAGCCCCGCGGAGCCAUGGAGGGGGCUGGUGGAGGGGGGCUGGAGGGGACUGGUCGACGGAGACUGCUCUGGUGGGGGUCGCCGUGCCCUGCCACCCAUUCCUGCCUUCCUGUGGUCAAACUGCUUCUUUUCUGGCUACUGAUCCCACCCGCCUGCUGCAAUGAAGAAUGGCGCACUUUUACAAUAGACGAUAUAAUGCCGGAAGUGAAGACGGACUAUGACAAGAUGCGACCCCCGAAGAAGGACGGCAAGGCAACACAAGUCGACUUUCACGUCACUGUUAUGGGGAUCGACUCUAUCAAUGAAAAUUCUAUGACAUACGCGGCUGACAUCUUCUUUGCGCAGACUUGGAAGGACCACCGCCUGCGCCUUCCUGAGAACAUGACGUCAGAAUACAGACUUCUGGACUUGGACUGGCUCAAACAUCUGUGGCGCCCGGAUAGCUACUUCAAGAACGCCAAACAGGUGACAUUCCAAACCAUGACCAUUCCAAACCAUUACGUGUGGCUGUUCCAGGAUUCCAAGAUACAGUACAUGGUCAAGCUGACUCUGAAGCUGUCUUGUGCCAUGAACUUCGCCAUCUACCCUCAUGACACGCAGGAAUGCAAGCUUCAGAUGGAGAGCCUAUCCCACACCACGGAGGAGCUGGUGUUCGAGUGGGACCCCGUGGUGCCCCUGGACGUGGACCCCACCAUAGAACUCCCCCAGCAGGACAUCAUCAGGAACUACACCUCAGACUGCACUCAGGUGUACUCCACAGGUAACUUCACAUGCCUGGAGGUGGUGUUCACGCUGAAGAGACGUCUCGGGUACUACGUCUUCCAUACCUACAUUCCAACCUGCCUCAUCGUUAUUAUGUCUUGGGUAUCGUUUUGGAUUAAGCCUGAGAUCGCCCCGGCCCGCGUGACUCUGGGUGUGACUUCCCUCCUGACGCUCUUCACGCAACAGGCCAAGUCUCAAGCUUCCUUACCGCCGGUCUCCUACAUUAAAACCAUCGAUAUAUUCAUGUCCUCCUGUACCGUGUUUGUGUUCAUGGUGCUGAUUGAGUACGCCGUGGUGAACAUUAUCCUUGGUGACGGCUCAGGGGACGCGGCGAAAGGCCCUGCGAAGCCCGAACCCAAGCCCAGCAAAGCAACUGACUUAGCAAUCAAGGAGAGCCGUCGAUUCCUGCUGGGGGAGCCGCCGAAACCUCCAGGGCCGACGCCAGCACAGAUACGCCGAAACAAGGCUCUUAUGGUGGACAGGGUGUCUCGCUAUGUGUUUCCCACCUCCUUCGCUCUCCUGAACGGAAUUUACUGGUUCAGCUUCAGGAAAUAUCUCUAAAACUCUCUUCUAUGUCAGUUUCCUUUUAAGAAUUUCACCAAGAGAGGAAUAAAUGUGAGUUUUUCCAUGUAUUGUAGGUGUAAAGUUUUGAUUCUCUCGUUUUCGUAAGUUUCAGAAUGAUUCGUAGUGUUGUUAUGUGUCGGAGCGCAGAUCGUACUAGAAGAGGAAUGGAAUGAUGUUCCCCGUAGCCUUGCCUAGGUAGUGUUGCCUAGCGUUGUUCAUCCUGUUCUUGUUCUGUAUUAGCGUGAGGGCAGCUCUGAGGAGUGGUGAAGGUUAGGAUAGACUUGUACUAAACACUCGAGGCAAGUUCCGUGACGCUGCAUUGACUCGUGUAGUGAAACAUCGGUAGCACACACACACACACACACACACACUGAAGAAAGAAAAAUACUGAGAAAAAUUACAAAUAAGAUGAUCGAAAAAAGGAUGAUGUAGAUAUAGAUGACUUUGAGGAGAGGAAUUUUGAUAGAGAAUAUGCCACACCAAGUUUAAUAAGACAAGAGAAGAUAAGGAUGCGCAGAAUUAGUUCCUCGAAAAUAAUAGGUAAAUAAAUGCAUUACUAAAGGAGGUGAUGCAUGAACAAAACACAUGACAAUUUGACAUGUAUGGAAAACAAACCCGGGAUAGCUUACAAACCUAACUUCAACCUGUUAAAUGGAAAUAAAUCCUAUGUAUUAUGCACAUACUCAUACUCAUGCACCUAAGACAGUUUAAAUCAGUCAUAAUGAAUAAUGUUAAUUAGUUGUAAGUGUUGAAAAUAAAAGGCUAGUGAAGAAAA